AGACCCAAAGUUGUCAGGCAGCGCAUCUUGCACGCAUGCGCACCGGUGUAUCCAGCUCUAAAUAAGAGUUAAAACAGAAACGAGGUUGGUCAUUUUAGCCGAGCGGGAAUGACUGACACCCCACCCAGUGAUGGCCCCUCGCAGGGAGCUGAGUUUGACAUGAUUGGCGCUCUGGACUGGAAGGACGGUAUCGCCACGCUGCCCGGCAGUGACAUCCGGUUCCGCAUGACAGAGUUUGGGACUCUUGAGAUCGUCACAGACCUGGAAGUCAAAGGUCAGGACGCCGAGCCAAACUCUGGGACCUUGGACCCAGCACCGUCUCACACUCCCACCCCUCCACCCGAGGGCCAAUCGCAGAGCGGCACAGCCACGGCUCCGGCCAAUCAGAGCAAGCCAGGAUCAUCUCAAGCCAAAGCUCCUGGUCCUGUGCUUUUGUCUUUAGAGGAGGGUCCCAGUAUGGAGGGCCCCAGCGUGGAGGUCGGUCCCAGUGUUGAAGUCGGGUCCAGCGCAGAAACGGGUCCAAACGGGGAGCUGUUGAGAUGCCGGGCCUGCGGCGGUCGCGUUCCCAGAGAUGCCCUCCUGCAGGGCAAGUUCUGUAGCUCCGUUUGUGCCCAACCCUCCAGCGGCAGAUCCUCUCCGGGCGAAGCUCGAGAGAGUCAGGCAGUGGAGGGCGAGCGGCUCGGCAAACGCGUCCGCAAAAAGAGGAAGAUCUACAUGGAUUCUGGUGACGAAGAGGAGGACAACCAGGAAGAACCAGAGGAAAAGGCCAAGACGACCAAAGGAAGGAGAGGAGCCAAAAUUGCCAAACUGGUGGCUGCUCCACCCAAUAAGAAACGAGCUUGGAGCUGGCCCGCCUACCUGGAGGAGGACAGGGCCAUCGCUGCUCCGGUGAAACUAUUCAAAGAGCAUCAGUCAUUUCCUCAAAGCAGGAACAGUUUCAAGGUGGGAAUGAAGCUGGAGGGUCUCGACCCAUCUCACCCGUCUCUGUUCUGUGUGCUCACGGUUGCAGAGAUCCAAGGCUACAGGGUGAGGCUGCACUUUGACGGCUACCCAGAAUGCUACGACUUCUGGGCCAACGCCGACUCGUGGGACCUGAAACCGGCCGGCUGGUGCGAGAAGAACGGACACAAGUUAUUGUUGCCUAAAGGUUGUAAGGACGGCGAGUUCAACUGGAGCAUGUAUGUGAAGAACUGCAGAGGUCAGCUGGCUCCGAAACACCUGUUCAAAAGCCUCAAUACGUCCGUGACUCCAUCUGGAUUCAGAGCCGGGAUGAAACUGGAGGCGGUCGACAGGAAGAACCCGUUGUUGAUCUGUGUGGCAACAAUCGCUGCCGUUGUUGACAACCGCCUGCUCAUUCAUUUUGACAACUGGGACGACACAUAUGAUUAUUGGUGUGACGCCAGCAGUCCGUACAUCCAUCCUGUGGGUUACUGUGAAGAGGCUGAGCUAACUCUGACCACCCCAGCUGGUAAGACACAGACCAAGACACACGGGGAAUAUAAAGAACCCAAGAGCUUCUCAUGGGAGAAGUACCUGGAAGAGACGGGGACACAAGCUGCUCCUGCUCGAGCUUUCAAACCGCGACCUCCACAUGGCUUCCAGAUCGGGAUGAAAGUGGAAGCCGUGGAUAAGAGGAACCCGAUGCUGAUUCGCGUUGCCAGUAUAAUGGACACAGAAGACCACCGACUGAAGAUCCACUUUGACGGCUGGAGUUCAGAGUACGACUACUGGGUGGAGACCGACUGCCCAGAUCUGCACCCUGUAGGCUGGUGUCAGAAAACUGGACACCCACUGCAGUACCCCAACGGCUCCAGUGAUUUAUUGACUGCCCCCGGACAAGGAUGUCCUACCCCAGGAUGCAACGGGGUCGGACACAUCAGGGGACCUCGCUAUGGGACCCACUACACUCAGGUGAGCUGUCCCUACUCGGAGAUGAAUCUGAACAAGGAGGGUUUGCUGCCGGACCGACUGAGCGGAGAGCGACCCCUGACCCUCAGCGGACCUCACCCUCGCGGCCGACGCCCCGACACUCAAACGAACACUACGACGCCGAGCGCCUCGACGCCAGAGCAGCCCGAAGGAGCCGAGGACUCCCAGAACAGGAAACCAGCGACAGUGGAGGCUGAGCGCUCAGGACGCAACAGCCAGCUGGAGCCACUGGGUGGAGCCAGCGAGCAAAGCCACAACGGAACAAGGCCCAAACGGACGGCUCCGGUUCCCAAAUACCUGAAAAUGCACUACGUCAAAGAGGAGAUUGGUGAUGGGAAAGCCUCUCCAGAUGCCAUCUCCCUCCAGCAGGCCCUCCACGAGUCCGUGUUCUCCCCCGGCCUCUCCGCCUCUCCUCCCCACCGGGUGGCCCUCUGCUGGGACAAACACUGCCAGCUGCUGCCCGAGGUCCUGGGGCUGACUGCCAAGAGAGUGGCCACUUGGAGCGCCGAGGAGGUGGCCAGUUUUGUCAAAGGACUCCCAGGAUGUAAAGAACACGCUGCUACGUUCAAAACAGAGCAAAUCGACGGCGAGGCCUUCCUGCUACUCACCCAAGCAGACAUAGUCAAGAUCCUGUCAAUCAAGCUAGGACCCGCCCUGAAGAUCUACAACUCCAUCCUCAUGUUGAAGAACGCCGACGAAGAGUGACGCCGCCGCGAGGAACCGCUGCCUCCUCGCCGGCUGGUCGACUCGGGCGGCUAAAGACAUUCAAUAAAAUCAGCAAGAACAAGUUUAAUUUGGUGCAGCUACACGAGAGAAACAAGCGGAAGCCAUCAUCUCAGAAACGUCCAUCUCUCCUCCCUCCUCCCUCCACGACGGACGACCUGAAGGAGAGUUUUCACGGGGAUUCCAUAUCGUGUUUGUUUACUGAAUCAUUAAAAAAAGAAAGAAAAAAGAAAAAAAAACUACAGGCACCUUGGAGGCUUCUUAACAUAUUGUACAGUGUAUGGAUUGGAUUCAGUUUUAUCCGAACUGUCCUGAAAUGGUGCUUGAGCUCUGAGCGGACGGAACAAGAUGUGUUUGUGUUGCUAUUUACUCGGGAACAGACUUUUUUUCUUUUAAGAAAAAAAAAAAAAAAGCAAAAAAAAAAAAAAGCUGCAAAAUACAAUCGUAAGAAGUUUUUAAAAUGUGAAACCCAGUGGAGCAGAAGCACGAUGUAGUUCAGCUGUUCUCCUGCAGAUGGAGAAAGUGGGCUGCUCCACUUGCCCAAAGGGCCAAGAGUUGAUUUGAGAUUGGCAAAAGCUGAGCUCGAAUGUGGGGGGGGACGGUUAAAACUCUGUGUGUUUGUGUGCAAAUGGGACUCAAGUGUGUUUGAGGAACGAGGAUGUAAUUUGCUUCCAUCCCGUGUGUGUUGGAGGAUCGUUUUGUGACAAGGGCUAAUUGUUAAAUCAAGGAAACGUUGCAGUCUUUUAAGGUGGAACGAGAACCAGCUCUGCUUUCUUGGGGACGACGACCCACGAUUGUGAAUGUUAAACAACAGCUUUCAGUUGUUCUGUUGAUUCUGAUCAUCCUGUUCUUGGUUCUAAUAACCUCUGUCACAGUGUAAAUAGUAUCUGAGUUUACUCCUGCUUGGUUAUGCAAAGGCUUGACAUCUGUCUGCAGGGAAGGACGUCGUUGCAGUGAAAUGAUUUAACAAAAAAAAAAAAAACAGAGCCUCAAUUCAUAGAUUUUGAGAAAGAAGAAGAAAAAAAACCCAUUGUCAGUGUCUUUGUAAAUCUGCGUGUACUUUGGCAAGUUGGAAUGUGUACAUCAGCGACUGUUUAUAUGCAAACAGCUUUUAUUUAUGUAUUGUAAUUUAAGGGGUAAUGGUACGCUGGUCUGGCUCCUCCGAGGUAGCUGUGGCUGUUUGGUGGAAUGUGUGAAUGGGUGGAAAUAAAUGAGAUGCACACUG